GUUACUAUGUACACACCCCGCCAUUAUACAUGUAAGAUCAUUAAACCAAGGUACGAUCCAUGAUCCGUCCCAUUUGCACAGUCACAAUAUGUGCUACUUCACUUGCGAUACUUCCAUACUCACCCGUCUCCGCAUUGUUUCUCAAUGCAUUAUUUUCCAUCAGCCUUAUCGACUUCCUCAACUAUACGCGGAGACAAUAAUCAUCCAGGGAAUGGAGGUAGAACUCGACCUGAGCGGCUCGAGAUUCAAUAGUGCGGUCUGGGUCUUCAAUUUCGGACACCUAGUCGCCGGCAUACCAGCCGCGAUCUUGUUCAGGAAGUUUGAUAUUUUGCUGGGGAAUCCUCGCGACUAGGUGUGGUCUGGUACGAGAUUUCCAAUGCCUAGUUGAUUGUCGGCUGCUGGGGGGGUGGAGG